AUGGCACGUCCCGUCGCCUCCACGCCGCAUCUCGUCUGGGCCGCCGGCCACUUCCUGACGUUCAUCGCCGGCCUGCGCUUCCUCAUCGGCACCUUUCUCUUCAGCAGCGCCGCGCUCGGCCGCUGGUACAGCGUCGCGUACCUCGGCGCCGUGGUGUCGUACGGCGUCGUGGUGUACAAGAGCUUCGGCGUGCCCCAGGUGAACAAGGCGUACCUGCAGCGCGCCGCGAUGGAUGAGAACGUGCAGUACCUCCUGCUGGCGCUCUACUGGUGGUUCAGCAAGCCGAUCUUCAUCACCGUCGUGCCGUACACGACCUUCUCGCUCUUCCACGUCCUCACCUUCGUGCGCACCACCAUCAUCCCGAUGGCCUUCCCCAGCGCCACUCCUGCGCCGCGUGCCGCUGCUGGCGCCGAUGGCGCUGCCGCACCCGCUGCCGCGCCCGCAUCGGCGCCGGCGCGCGCCAGCAAGUUCAUCCAGAGCUGGGUCAAGGCCAACUACGACCCCGCGAUGCGCUUCGUCGCGUACGCCGAAGUCGCCAUCUUCGCGCGCGUCCUCAUUGGCGCCCUUCUCCUGCGCAACUCUCUCCUGGCGCCGCUCUUCUACGCACACUUCUGCCGCCUGCGCUUCUACAUGAGCAGCUUUACGCGCGAGGCCUUCUCGCACGUCGGCGCUAAGCUGGACGAGGCUACGACGCACAACGCGUGCCCGCCGGUGGUGCGCAAGGCUUAUGUGAUGGGCACGGAUGUGAUCUCGAGAUACGCAAGCACUGUCCUCUCCGUGCAAGGCCAGGGCGCUCCCGCCGCCGGCGCCGCCGCUCCUGCCGCCGCAAACGGCGGUGCUGCACCCGCAGCUGCUGGCGCGCGCCGCUAA